UAAAAAAAGCACUUCUCUUGAUUGCUUCUCUUCUUUGCUCCGUUCUUGAAGCAGCUGCCAAUGAUGCGUAUUGAUACUUCUACUGGGACUGCUCAGACAGAUUUUCGCACAGCGGUCAUACAGAACCAUUGGAACGAUCCACCCAAAAAUAUAUUUCAAAAAACUUCCGAAGACCAAAGUGCGGAUAUCAACAUAGAAGAGAUCCAGAAAAAUAUCCAACAUCAAGUCACUAUUUGCACGAACACGUUUACGAGUGGAGCCAAUAAGCGGAUAGCGGACGAUACCAGUCGUCGGAUGAAUAGUCUGCUGAAUGAUCUUGGGCAAAAUGUCUUGACAGAAGUCGUGAUCCAAUCCCUAAGUCAACUCUGUUUAGCUUUGCAAGAAAUGAAUUGGACACGAGCUCAGGAAAUUCACCGACAGCUCAUGACGACUGAAUACGAGAAGCAUGGGAUAUGGCUUCUUGGACUGAAGCGUCUAAUUGAUCUUUCUGAAAAAGCAUCUGCAUCUUCGUAAAUCAUCUUUACAUAGAACUCCAAUUUUUAAUCCUCAUCGUAUCACCGUAACCGCGAAUGCCAUUUUUAUCGCCGUUUUUUCGCGUAUCACUCUGUCUGUCCUUGUUCACAAAACUAGUCUGCACAAAAGAGAAAUAAAGUUAAUGCAUGAACCUUGAAAAUGUGGAUAAAAGCAGCAAUAAUGCAUUAGCGAAAGCUCAUUUUUAUGCAAAUGCUUUUGGAAAUUUCGUUCAGCCUGUGUAAAAAGUCACAGGAAAUUCAAAUGGGAGAGGGGACCAGCGGAGC